AUGGAGGAGUAUUUCUCAGUUCCAGUUCCUACUGAGGAUACCGAGUGCAUAGGUAAGUUGAAUGCUGAUCAACGACAUGCAUAUGACACAGUGAUGAAUGCUAUCACUUUAAAAAAUGGUGGUGCUUUCUUUGUUGAUGGUCCCGGUGGUACUGGAAAAACAUAUCUGUAUCGAGCUAUAUUAGCUACUAUAAAAGGUAGAGGUGAGAUAGCUAUCCCAACAACAACUUCUGGAAUUGCUGCCACAUUGUUGCACCAAGGGAGAAGUUCACACUCAACUUUUCAACUACCAUUAAAACCAGAUAGCUCAUCGUCAUGCACCUUUACAAAGGGUUCAAAAAGUGGCAUUCUUUUAAAACAUUCUUCAGUUAUUAUAUGGGAUGAGGCACCAAUGACACAUAGGUAUCAGUUUGAAGCAGUUGAUCGUUCACUUAAGGAUUUAAUGGGAAAUGACUUGCCAUUUGGGGGAAAAAUAAUUGUGUUUGGUGGGGAUUUCAGGCAAGUUCUACCUGUUGUGAGAAAUGGAACAAGAGCUCAAAUGAUUGAUGCAUCCUUGAUAAGGUCUCCACUAUGGAACCAUAUUUCGGUUCUGCAAUUGAGAGAAAACAUGAGAUCUAGACAUGACAAUGGAUUCGCUAAUUUCUUACUCUCUAUUGGAAAUGGCGAUGAACCUACCAUUUCAGAUGAUAUGAUAAAAUUGCCGAGUAACAUGGUUAUCCCUACUGUUGCUGAUACCUCGAUUGAUGGGUUGAUUGAUCAAAUUUUCCCCAAUCUAAAUGAACACAUCGGUGAUGGAAAUUUUAUGGUUGAAAGAGCAAUCAUCACUCCAUUGAACGAAAAUGCUGAUAGAAUCAAUGACAAGGUUAUCGAACGAUUUCUCGGAGAAGGACGAACAUACUACUCAUUUGAUUCAGUGCCUGAUGAUACAAGAAACCUGUAUCAACAAGAGUUCCUAAAUUCAAUUGUCGCGUCAGGACUGCCUCCACAUGUGCUCAAACUGAAACCUGGCGUUCCUCUAAUGCUUCUCAGGAAUAUCGAUCCUAAAAAUGGUCUUUGUAAGGGAACACGACUACUUUGCCAUUCGCUAAAGGAUCAUUUCAUCGAUGCUGAGAUUUUAACUGGACAUGCAAGGGGAAACAGGGUCUUUUUGCCAAGAAUUCCGUUGAAAACUGCUGAAGAUAUUAGGUUACCUUUUGAGAUGGUCAGAAAGCAAUUCCCUGUAAAGUUGAGUUUUGGUUUAACUAUAAACAAGUCUCAAGGGCAAACCAUCCCACAUGUUGGGAUAUAUCUUCCUGAUCAUGUAUUUAGCCAUGGGCAGUUGUAUGUUGCACUUUCGCGUGGAAUUUCCGAGAACACGACAAAGAUUACUGUCGACAAUGGAAAGAUUAGAGGAAAGGAAGGAGUGUUCACAAAAAAUAUUGUGUACAAGGAAGUUUUGUUACUUCUACAUAGUGUAUCUUACAUUUAA